AUGCGGCAAGGUUUUAGACCAAUGUUAGAACCUCCAAAACAUCGCAAGGCUGUGGUAGAGGCAAGAAGACCAGGCCUGUGCAUUUUCUUGACAGUCGUGGUCGUCGUCCUUGUUUUUACGAUAUUUGGCGUAUCUGGAUGGAACGUGUUUGUGCACCGAUUUGACACCAACACUCAGUACUUCCACACAUUUGACGAAGUGUCUAUGGGUGAAGUCGGUAAUGACUUGUCCGCCACGUUCUGUGAAGGUUAUAAGGUUACAAUGUCUGGACCAGGCCACGUCUAUCUGCUUCCACAUAGCGCAGUGGUGAAUACUUCAGACGUUCAGUACACACCUGUAGAUAUGCGACAGCAACCAUUCAUGGUGUUUAACGUGAAGAGUGCAUAUCUGCUGACUGGAUCUGCCGUUAACGUCACAGCAUGUCUUGAAAAAGGAUCUUUCGGGCCGCCAGCCAAAGUUGUUUUUAUAAAAGGUGACAGAAAUUUUGAGAGCUGGCGAAAAGACAACGAGUGUCAUGACUGUGUUCUUAAACACGUAACUAUACACGAAAAUGAUAUUUGUGACCGCGAAAGGGACAGAGAGGCUCAUCGUGCCAGACUAUACUAUCAGGUUAUGGAGAAUGACAAGUAUUUUCUUGUCAUUUAUUAUGGCCGACCUCAGCAGGACCCACACAUGCGAUCCGCCGGAAUCAAACUUCAUGGGGAAUUAAUACACACUCAGUUUGAUGUUUCUAACGCUGAGCAGGUUUGCAAAUCAUCCAGCUGUGUGUUUGAGCUUCCAUGGAUGUCAAAUAAAGAUGUAGUAGUCAAAUUCGACUUUUUCCCGUGGAACAGCUUUCGUAAUGUAACAACUGAGUGUCAAGCUCGUUUGAUUUUUUGGUCGCUUUUGUUCGGUACCUUGCCUGUCGUGUGCGUCGUCCCUGUUAUGGCAUUAUUUGGAGUAUUCUUCUGCAGAAGAACACGCAGAAAUGCCAAAGCAUUAAGAGCCAAACACGAAGAGAGACGCCAGAUGAGAGAAAGAAUGUCUCAAGGCAAGAACAAAGGACCUAUUCACAUCAUUACACAAAAUGAAGAUUACGGAAGUGUGGCCAUUCAAGAUGGUUGA